UGACUGACUGACUGCACACAGCAGAGCAUGAGGCCGGUAGCUUACUGCUUUGCUGCCCUGGGCUAGGUCUUACACACACUUGCUGGCUGCUGCUCACUCUGACACACACACACUUGCUGCCUCUCUCUCUCACUGUGGCAGAUUUACACUGGUUCGAUCCCUCCCACACUUGCUGCCUCUCUGUUUCUCUCAGUAUCUCACACCCACACACCCCCCCACACACACACACACACACACACAGAGUCAGUCACCAGCAACUCUCAUUCAACUCUCUCUCAGCCACGGGUCAGCACCUCAGACAGGCAACUUGUUUUUAUCCAGCUGGAAAGAGCAGAGCAUCGCAAGACCAGUGAAGAAGACUUCUGUCCAGGGAGGAGCAAGAAGGAGCAGUAUCAAGGAUGGACUUAAGAAAGUGGACUUCAUGCAAGGAGCAGAACAAGUGAGUCCAAAACCAAAGAUGACAACCAGAGGGACAUUGAGAGUUUUGAUUCCAUAAGAACUGCCUGCUUUCAACCAAAAGUGGAGACUGACUAUCAGUGACAUCGAGAGGAUUUGCUGUGAUUGCCAUUCCCCUCCCUUCUCUCUCCAGGACUCCCACCCUCCAAACUGACACCUCUUGAUCACCAGCAUGCCUACAGCUUGCACAAGGUGCACCUUGGGAGCCUGACCCACCAUGUGCAGAUGGACAUCAUCCUCAGCUCAUCUUUACCCUAGGCUUACCCUCAGAACCACCACUGCUGCGGCCUCCACUGGGAUAUUCAUCCCCUUGCCCAAUGCAUCCUCCUUUACCCUGAUAUGCCUCACCCUGCUUUUGGUCACCGCUGGCAGGUCCACAGGGGCCUGUCCCCCUCGAACAGGCCAUGAACCUCUUCAGGGACUGGGGAGCGGAACCAACUGUUCAUGGACUUUGGAAAGGCACACGCGCAGUUACAAUCACCUAGAAGGUGACGUCAGACUGCGGCGGCUUUAUUCUGCCAACAAGUUUUUCCUCUGCAUUGACAAAACAGGAAAAGUGGAUGGCACCCGGCGAAAAAACUAUGCUGACAGCUUGAUGGAAAUCCGAUCCGUCAGUGUGGGAGUUGUUGCCAUCAAAUCUGUCAGUACCGGGCUGUACUUAGCAAUGUCCAAGAAAGGCACACUGUUUGGAUCGGUGAAGUACACCCCAAGCUGCAAGUUCAAAGAACGUAUUGAGGAAAACGGCUACAACACAUAUGCCUCACUUCGCUGGAAGCACAGCGGCAGGCAGAUGUUUGUUUCGCUGAAUGGACGCGGGAAACCCCGGCGAGGUCACAAGGCUCGACGAAGGCACCCAUCCACUCACUUCCUGCCCAUGCUUCCCUCCUAGUCGCAUCCGAGUCUGAACUCUAACUGGCAGUUGCUUAGCUCACCUGCCCUCUCAUAUUAGUGCUGAUCUAGAUGUGACAACAAUCUUUCCUUUUUAUUUAUCCAUCCUCAUGUUACAUAAAUGUACAUUUGCUGAGGUCUGCAACAUUUUAGAGAUAGAAUAUCUGCUUCUUAAGUUAUUUUCUGCAUUGUCUAAUGAGUUUAAUAUAAUACAGUGCAGUCUAACGCAAAUAUAUAUUGCAUUCUUCUGCACAGCUUCCACCUGUGUAUGUGUAAACUGCAUCAAACUUGACUGACAAUUUGUCAAAAGAUAAGUAUUAAGACAAAAAGCAAUUAUACAAUUGCUUAAUAUCAGAGGUAAAAAACACGGCUUUGUUCUUUUUAUUUUUAAGGUGAUUUUAAGGUGAUUCUAAAACCAUACAAAAAUCUGUUUAAGGUUAAUCACAGAUUAACCUAUUUUCAUCUAUACUGUGUAUCUAAAACAAACCAACAAAUAAAGUGAUUUUACCUUACAUCUUAGGCAAAGUUCACUACUUUAAACUAACUUAAGACAUAAAAAUCAAGUAAAAUGAUCAAAUAAAACAAUAAAACAUGUAAUCAAAUUUACAUAAGAAACAUAAUCUCAUAAGGUACAAAGUAAAUUACAUAUUGCACAUAGGAGUUCACUGUGUUAAGCAUUACUUCAUAUACUGGUUUACUUAUAGUGAACCAUUGUGUAAAACCAGUACAUUUUCUUGUGUUGAAUUUGGUAUUUCUUACUUUCUAAGUCAAAAUAUGACUUAAAAGGAAGAGUUUUAUAUAGGGUGUUUUAGUAAUAAAUACAAACUCUGACAGUAGGGGUUCGGUGCUGGUCAUUCCCCCCCUUUGCUAUUUCAUGUAGAGUUUUGGUCAUUUAAAAAACAAAGAAAUGGAACGUCUUCAUAACAAACAUUCAUCAGUUGUACUCAUCAGGAGGAUAUUUUCUACCAAGUAUGGCCACCGGCAGUUUGAAACAUUUUAUAUUAUAUUCAUAGUCUAAAGUAACGUUUUUAUUUUACUUUGACAAAAAAACAUCUAACGGCAGGAUGUCGCAUAGAGUUACCUUGGGCUGAUCUUCGGGCGUACAAGUCAGCUUGCCCAAAUGGGGAAAAGAAUAAAUAAAUAAAAAUAAAUACAAACUUGGUAUAAUACAAGUUUAAACAAAAUAAUUUUCAUAUUGUAUGUGAAGUUUGAGCAUUUUUAUCACUAUUUAUCUCCAUAAUUUCGGAAAAUACUUGACAUAAAAGAUUUUCGAAUAUUUAACAUGGGUUCAAAUCGGUUUGUUUUUUUUCAGCUCAAAUAACUACAUUUCUGUGUGUAUGAGUAUAUAGUAGAAAAUUACUUUAAAUCAUCUACUGUAAAAGUGGGUUUGAAACAACCCCAAAUGGGUACAAUUUGAUGCAUGGCUGGUAAAAAAAAUCUCCUCGCAGCAUACAGCUCCAUUUUGAAUCCUAAAAAGUAGUGAACAAAAACAUCAAAACUGCAAAUAUGAAAAAAAUAUGAAGAGGUAAAAUGACUACAACCUCUUCAUAUAUUAGAGAAGAACAGAAACUAAGGCCCUCAAAAGCUUAUAUUCUUCAAUAAUCUUUGUAUGCUUCGGUAUAUUUCUGGCAGACUUCAUCUAGUACCCAGCCCAUAGAUAAUAGUUCUGAAAGCAGGAACAUAAAACAUGCAGCAUGCCCUAUCUAGCUUCUGCUACAGCACAUGUCAGCAGACACAAUAAACUUUCAAACUGAGUAGUGAAUAGUUUAAUACAGAUGGCCUCUCUGUAAAUACUUGCUAACCCUAGACAACUGUUGCUGAUAGAACAUUUAAUAUAUUUAACAUUAUUCUUACUCUUUGAUUGUGGAAGUUGAUGUGCAUUAUUUUCAACUUUUCUGUUGGACUUUAAGGAAAAUAGCUGUAUUCAAGUAUAUGUUUGUCUCAGUUUGUAUGAUACUACUACUGGAUAUUGGUACAUUUGUGAUCUGCAUACUGUAUGUAGCACAGUUUUCAGUUAUUGGUCAGCUGUAUAUAAGGAUACAUUCUUAGAAAGCACUUGAGUGACUUUGUGCAAGAUGAGUUUGGUAAACCUAAAUAAAAUCUGGAAAAUUCA